AUGAUUGAGAAAGUAAAACGAAUAAUUAAUUCACCUGUAACAGAUUUAUCGGAGUCAUCGCCUUUAAAUUUACAAAGUGAUCAACCUUCAUGUUCAAAUAGUGAAAAUCAAAUUCGUUCAUAUGGAAGUUUUCAACCUUUCCUUAAAUUUGUUAAAACUCGAUUAUCAUUCAAAAGUGUUCAGUUACACGAAUGUGGUCGACAAAGAUGGUUGUUCAAUAAACGAAUUUAUUACGCGAUUGGAAUGGUUCGCAAAAUUUCUAAAAAAUUAUCACGAGAUAAUGAGUGUCGAGGUUUAUCAAGUUAUCUGCUUUCGUAUUCAAGAUCAACACUUAAUUUAUAA